AAGUUCUUAACAAAUCAUUUGAACACUCAUCAUUUGACCAGCCAAAACUUAUUUUCCACGUCUGCGCCAAAAAAAUGAUCGAACUGUCUGAAUUCAACAAUAGUUAUUGCAAUGAUAAUCAUCCCUUCAUUAAUUUAAUCUUAAUCUAAAAUACUUUUGAUUCAAGAAACUUUGUUUAUGUAAUGGCACAUGUCAUCGGCUGCUUCUUUUAACGUCUCAUCAGCCUAAAAUUCUGCAAAUUGUAGUCUUUUUUUUUUUCAUUCAUUUUAUUCUGGUUUCAUGGUGAUGUGAGUUUUUUUGGGUGAUUUUGAUUUUAAAUAAAUUUUAUUUAAAGUUGGUUUUUUGUUUCUAUGGUGGUUCUGGAUAUGGAUUCUUCAAACAAUUUUGAUGGUUGUUUAAGGAUCUUGUACGUGGUGUUUGCCUUCUUAUCAGCUUUUUUUCUUGGUCUUCUCAAAGCUUUGUUAGUGGGUCCUAUUGCAGCUUCAAUACUAAUAGGAGGGAAUGUUGGAGUAAUUCUGGUUAUGUUUCCUCCACAUGUUGCAUGGACUGUUUAUACCCUUAUAAAGACUAACAAAUUCGACGCGUUACUAAAAGCUGCGAUUUUGGUUGUUUUGCCUGUUUUAUUUGGUGUUUGGUUGGGUUUAAGCAUAGCUUGUAGUGUUCUUGUUGGCUUGGGUUAUGGCUAUUUUACUCCUUGGGUUUCCACUUUUGAGGCUUUUAGACAUGACAGUGAAUCCAAGAAGUUCUACCACUGUUUAGUGGAUGGAACAUGGGGAACUAUAGAAGGAAGCUGUACUGUAGUUACAGAUUUUGCUGAUAUAUGCUAUCAUUCUUAUCCUAUCUACCUAAAAGAGCUGCGUGGUUCGCCUGCUUCGAAUGAGCAUCCACCUGUUAGGUUCAUUCAUGUGCCUGGACUUAUAAUUGCUGGGGUGAUUGGAGUAAUAGUGGAUAUUCCCCUUUUUACUGCAAUUGUGAUAGUAAAAAGUCCAUAUAUGUUGUUCAAAGGCUGGUUCAGACUGAUGCAUGAUCUUAUCAGCCGAGAAGGUCCGUUUCUUGAAACGGCUUGUAUUCCAAUUGCUGGUCUAACAAUCCUUUUGUGGCCACUUAUUGUUGUUGGGAGCAUACUAGUGACCAUUCUCUCGAGCGUUUUCAUCGGGUUGUAUGCUUCAGUAAUCGUCUAUCAGGAAAGAUCUUUCCGACGAGGUAUAGCUUAUGUGAUUGCGAUGGUAGCGGAAUUUGAUGAGUAUACGAAUGACGGUCUCUAUCUUCGGGAGGGGACCUUUCUUCCCAAGCCCCGCUAUCGAAGGAAAAAAGCUUCAAACUCUUCGGAGCAUUCUGGGGGAGGAAGUCAUGGAAAAUUUGGUUCUGGUUCAACAGAACAUUCAGCAAGGUUUGUGCCAAACUUGGCUCCUUCAAGAUCUGUUAGGGAGGCUAUACAAGAAGUGAAAAUGGUUCAGAUUUGGGGAGCGAUUAUGAGGUCAUGUGAGACAAAAGGAAAGGAACUAUUGGAUGCUGGUGCAAUAAUACCAGCUGAUCUAUAUGAAACUCUAAAGGCCAAGAAUUCUCAUGAAGGAGCCAUAAUUGGUGUUGGAUUGCCCUGUGUUUCAUUGUUACAUACUCUUCUCUACUCCAUAAAAGCCGGUUCGGACGGAUUCGUGAUGGUUGAAGGUGUUGAAAUCACAUAUCUGAAUAGGCCUAAUGACAAAUUGUUUGACUGGUUUUUUCAACCAAUGUUGGUGGUAAAAGAACAAAUUAGAAGCAUGAAAUUGGUGGAAGGUGAAGAAAAAUUCUUGCAAAAAGUAGUUCUUUUCGGAAACGAUACGCAGCGGAUAGAGGCUUGGAAUAAUGGUAGCGUAAUACCUGAAGAAGCUCUCAGAGCUGCUCAAAUACAGGGUAUCAGUAGAAGGAUGACGGGAAUGGUUCGAAGUGUAUCGAAACUUCCGACAUACAGAAGGAGGUUCCGACAAGUUAUCAAGGCAUUAAUAAGUUAUUCUACAGGGGAGGAGUGUGGUGGUGCAACUGUAAGGUCUAAUUCCAUGAGAUCAGUAGCUAGCAUUGAUAGUAUUGUAUAAAGUAAAUCUCAGCUUUGUUAAAUUAUUUUCUGAUUGUAUGUCUUGUAAGCUCAUAGUUUGUGAAUUUUUUCUAGGUUUUACCAACAAAUUAAUUCCUGUACAAGUAGCUUUUUCUGGUGAUUAAUACCUUUUCUAUA